AUGGAAGAGUGCAACUUUCCCCCAUACCCUACCGACGGUGAAUUAUAUUGCAACGCUACCUUUGAUGGCGUGCAGUGUUGGAACUACACUCUGGCGGGAACAACAGCCUUCGGGGCGUGUCCAGAAAGCCAUCCAUUUUACUAUAUGUUUAAUGAUCCGAAAGGUUAUUCCUACAGAAAAUGUGAAACUAACGGUCAUUGGUGGAACAAUAGCAAUGCUGGAACUCAUCAAUUCACCAAAUCGAAUUAUGUCCCCUGUCUUUCUCCAAGUACCAUUAAAAAAAUUGAAAGUGAUAGCACGCACGUACCGAUAAUAACGUAUAUCUAUAUCAGUGGGUACUCAUUAUCCGUAUUGCUUCUUGUUAUUGCAUUGAUCAUCUUUGGAAAAUUCAGACAACUCUGGUGCAAACGUGUCUUCAUUCAUUCCAACUUGUUCUCAUCAUACAUUCUGAAUGGAUUUGUAUGGAUUGCAGUUUUCACCAUACUGACGGUUCACCCCCAAGGCUUUUCGAAUGCGUUGCCUUUCGUUGGUUUGUACACCAUGACGUGUUGUUAUGGCUGGAUGCUGGCCGAGGGGAUGUUCCUGCACUUCUGUGUGGCGAACGCGUUUUCUAAUAAGAAAAAUCUGAUGAUAGCGUGCUGCAUCGUUGGCUGGGUUUGUCCUGCCAUUUCAACGGGGACGUACUAUGUUGUAAUGCUUGUGGAUGAAGAAAGAUCAAAUAUCAAUUAUUUGCCGAAAAAUAUGGACUAUAUCUGGAUUAUACUUGUUCCUAUCAUCCUUUUUCAGCUGUUAAACAUCAUAUUCCUCAUCAACAUCAUAAGAAUACUGCGAUCUAAAGUACAAAGAGUGGACAAUAGGAACUCAUCGCGAUACAGAAAAAUUGCCCGCGCCAUCUUAAUUCUGAUACCUCUCCUGGGGUUGCAAAACCUUACCAUAGCAGUGAAGUUUGACUCGGUCUAUUAUAGAUACUUCGCCGCAGUCAUGUCAUCUUACCAGGGAGCUGUUGUUGCCGUUUUGUUCUGUUUCCUAAACAAAGAGGUUUUAAGAGUUAUGAGCAAUAGGAUUAUCACUUUGAGAGGACUCUCUGCAAAUUUCUCGAUGGGAACAGAAAAAGUUCCUAUGAUGUUCAACAUAGGAAGGAGUAGUGGCAAUCAGAUUCCUAGCCCCGAAAAACUGGAACCAGACCCUCUCCUGUAAUGACGCUAUUGUAAAACAUGUUGUCACCUCUUCAACCGAACCACGGCCUCUACGAAUAGCAAAGGGCCACACUGUUCCCUACUGGACUUUUGUUCGAGGAAGAUCUCGGCUGUCUGAGGCAUUACAUAUUUUCUGCUGUAAUAUUGAAAGCUGUCUGUCCGCUACCCAUUUUUUCAGUUUUCUGUUUUAUCUUCGAAGAAGAGCGAGUCGUCAACCGUGUCUAGAGAAUAUAAAGUCAUUAACAGAUAAACGGCUCAGAAUCAUGAGAUCUACGAUAAUGCUGAUCACAUGUUAUCAUUAUACUUUUCCAUUGAAAAUUUUAUACUUUUUUUAUGAAUAAAGUCGUGUUUUAGAAAAGUUUUUGUUUGUACUGUCUGAAGUCACGACCCAGAGUCCGUAUAGAUGAAAGAGAACU